UUUUGUCCUUAAGCCGAUGUAAAUCCAAUAGUUCCCUUUGACUUCUUCUUUAUCAAUCGGCAUAGCAUGUUAUUUUCUGAUAAAGCCCUAUUCUCUCUUUGACACAAAUUCAGACCUAAACCCUCGCAAUACGUACAGCAGCGCCGCCAACUUGAUAAAGCCUUAUUUUCUGAUAAAGCCCUAUUUAUUGAUAGAGCCCUAUUCUCUCUUUGACACACAAAUUCAGACCUAAACCCUCGAAAAUCAUUUCUUUCCCUUUUCUUUCCGAAAAUCUCGUUGCCUCUCUAAACCUUUACUUUCCUUUCUCUUCCAUUCCCUUUUUUGGUCGAUUGAUACAGAUUUUCACGUCAUUCGCAUUCAAUUCUGUAGGUGAUUCAUGCAUUGUUGGUGACAAAAUGGUGUCUGGGAUUCGUUCGGGAAAUCUGAACUGUGACAAGACAAAGAAGAAAAAUGUUAGGAAAGAUUCAUUUGUGGAAGUAUCAACUGGAAAGAAGGCGCACCAAUUGCAGGGUUUCCUUCAAAAUGAUGCUUUCACCUACCUGAAACCAGAAAAGAUCAAAUUAAAUAUUGAAGCAUUGGAUGAUAACACUUUGUGCGAGCUGGAAAGAAUUAUCAGGAGUUGUCUCGAUGCAAGGGCUAUCAAAGCUGGUAAAGCUGACCAGGCUAAAAGGGAGGAAAAGGAAAGAGUUGCAAGGCUGCAUGGGAAAGAUAAGGGCAGAGUUGAACCCCAAAUCAGAGCCGAUGAAUCUUUUUCACAAAAGAUAGCAGAAGCACGACAAAUGAUGCAGAAGAGAGAAAGAGACGCUGCCCGACUUCGUCUGCAGAAGUUGGAGAAGACUGUAGAGUUCGAGGACAAUCUGCAAAUUGUCCAAUACUUUGAGAACCUUAGAGUAUUUGUAUCAAAUAAACCGUUGGAGUUAUUGGGUUUGUUUCUGAAGGAGGAUGACUUCUACAUGGAUGAGGAGGCGAUUGAUGUAGAAGAGGGAGAGAUCUUGGGAUAAGUUUCAAACCAGAAUAGCUUCCAACGCCAUUCAUUUUUUUCAGCAAUUUGGAAUCAGUUCAUUCUUUACAACUGUAAAAGAAAAUUUUGCGAAUAGAAAUGUAUAUGUUUACUGCUGCAGAAAACUCUGAGAAACAGGGCUAAAGCUUGCCUGAAAUGGCACAAGGCUAAAGCUUGCCUCUUAUGUACAGAGAGAUUGCCACUGUAAUUUUUUUUGGUGUUACUUUGGCAAGGUGUAUUUUGACUUUUGCUAGGAGUUGACUCUUGCUUAGUUCCUAGUUGUUGAGUGGCCAUGUGCCUUGUUUGUGAAUUGUAUAAAAGUUCACCUGUAACUAGUUUUAUUUCAAGUUAAUAAAAUCAUGACACUGUUUCUUUUC